UCGUGUUGCUGCCGUUGGACAGAAAGUGUCUCUGUGCGUUUUGCGCAACAUGACCCUCAACACACGGAGAGAGAAGGAGGCCUUACACUGCAGAAGCACCCCCCUGUUUACUUCGACCCGCUCGCACCAGUGCCCGCCCUAUGUUCCUCACAUCGUGACAUCUGGAAGUACUCACCCCCAACAGCGCCGCCCUAUAGGACAGUCUACAUCCUGCCACCCCGCAGAGAAGUCCCUUUCUGUCCAAGCCCAGUGGAGCUGCGAGCCAGACGACAGGUCUCGGAGCAAGUUGGACUCAGUUUAUCAUGUGGUGCUGCUGGGUGACCGCAGGGUAGGAAAGACGUCUCUGGCAGGAAUCUUUUCUGGGAAAACGGAGAAAGAUGAGAAACACAAAGAGAACAUGUACGAGCGAACACUGACCGUGGAUGGGGAAGAGACCACACUUGUUGUCAUGGACACCUGGGAGAAGGACAAGCAGGAGGAGGAGAGCGGCUCCCAGGACGCCUGUCUGAGGGUCGGCAGUGCUUAUAUCAUUGUUUAUUCGGUUACUGACCGCUCCAGCUUUGACGCUGCCGCUGAGCUCCGCAUCACCCUGAGACGUGCUCGCCAGGCAGAAAACCUUCCCAUCAUCCUCGUGGGAAACAAGACUGACCUGGUCCGAUCCAGGGAGGUUGCUGUGGAAGAGGGUCAGGCGUGUGCAGUCGUGUUUGACUGUAAAUUCAUCGAGACUUCUGCGUCUCUGCAGCACAACGUUGCCGAGCUGUUUGAAGGUGUUGUCCGACAAAUACGCCUUCGUCAAGAUGAUAGUGAGCCUGUCUCCAAACGCAAAGUGAGCAUUACCCAGAAGGCUCUGCACUUCUUGGAUCAACUAGUGGUACGCAACAACCAGCGCAUGGCAGCUAAAUUCCGCUCUAAGAGCUGCCGUGACCUGGCUGUUCUCUGAGGCCCUGCAGACAGUUCUGUUCCAAUGGAUAGUAUUUGGACUGUUGGUGGUGCGUCAGCAGCUUGUGAGGUCAAAAACCAUCAGCAGGAAACUACUGCACCCGCUUCCUCACUGUGAUCCAUGUUUCCAGCUUUAAAGCUCCUCCCACAAGUGUGGCAAAACAGAUACAUGUAUUUGGUGCAGGUUUUUUGCAGAUUUAAAAGUGUUCA